AUGUCGCAGGACCACAACUGGGACAUCCUCCACCGCCGGGGCGAGAGAACUAUUUGCUUGCAGGAAGGGAACCGAUUCUACUUCGUUCUGAUGUUCUACUACGCGAUGGAGGGGGCUGUCCAUGGAACGACGGACUACGCCACCUGCUUGCCGCGGAAUUGCUCGGAGACGGAGCUCAUCGAUGAUAUCCUACCGAAGGUCUAUCAGAACUUUUUCGACUAUCACUCGGUCUGGCUGCCCGAUGGCUCGCAUGACCCCGUCAAAAGCAUCACGUAUUCCAUGACCCUCAAGGAAUUUAGGAAUGGUGUCACCGUCCCCGAGGAGCAGCGCGUUUCGUUGCUCCUGCCGGCGGCGUUGACGGUUUUCCCAGCACUGCUCUGCCUUUUGUGCUGGGAUUGGCGCCGCGACCUGGGCCCCGGUCUUCAUGGGGCCUUCAGCCUCCGCCGGGGUAUGGCAGAGCUCUUCAGCCCCUCUGAGGGCGGGGACUUCUGCGCAGACCUGGGGCGCUUGAGGCUGGGCUUCGUCCUCUCGCUCAUCACGCUGCACGUGACGCAAGGCUCCAAGUGGCGGGAGGUCGAGAUGCUUGAGACCAAGUACUUCCUCUUCAAGGCGAUCCGACCACUUGCCUUGGUGCAAGACGCAUUCAUCCAGCUCUCCACCUACCUUUGCGUGUGGAGCUACGUCAAAGCGGAGGUGGUCCCAGUCGCGGGCAGCCAGCAAGGGAGGUCCUUCCUCCAGCGCUUGCGGCGGGGGCUUUGGCGGUCUUGGCUGAAGUACUUGCGGCAGCUGCCCGUUUGCCUGUUCUGGAACUGGUUCUACCUCGUCGUGCUCCCAAAUGUGGUGUACAAUCCCUACAACCAUGCGUUUCCGUGGUUUGGGAUUCGCUGGUAUCAUGCCACAGGCAAGUGCAUGCAACGGAAGUGGCGCUAUUCCUUCCUGCUGGGAGAUGUGGGGGCCGUGCUCUUCCAGGAUUUCGAUGACGACUGGCGCUCUGGCAGCGGCAACCCAUGUGUGAACCUAUGGAACUUCCAGCUGGAGAUCCAGGCCUUCACCCUGACGACAUCUAUCCUUUGCUUGCCGCACGGCGCUAUGCUGGCAACUGCUGUUGGCCUUCUUGCGUUCGGCUUCAGCGCCAGCGGCCCUGACAUGGACGUCUGGUGGAUCCACCACGCGCGAGGGGUUGUGCUGCAGGUACUGUUCCUGCGCCUCUGCGGGCUCCCUCGGGCGUCCGUUCCUGCAGCGGCCGAGAAUCUGCGCUGGCCAGGACUGCUCCUCGUCCUGGUUGCUGUUGCGCUGCAUGGGGCCUUGCGUGGGGAGUGGCUCAGCAUGCUGCCAGAAUCUUCGUUCCUGGAGCAGUUCGUGAGCCAGCACCAGAUGCUUCUCACAGGCACUUGGCAAGCCGCCCUGGCACUGGGCAUCGCGAUGCUUUGCGAAGGCUGCCGCGCAAGGAAAUCCUCAAGCGGCCGGUGGUUGGCGAUUCUGAGCCGCUUGGCCUUCGGCAUCAACGUGGCCCACCCCUUCGUGUCCCUGGGCCUCGUCCAGGGCAGGGCGGGUGUUCCAGAGCAGCUCGUGUCGGAUUUUUUGGAGAGCUUCCAGGCGGACCCCUGCGAAGGAGGGUAA